CCACAAAAAAUGACGGCGACCCUGCGUCCGUACCUGAACGCCGUGCGUGCCACCCUGCAGGCGGCCCUGUGUUUGGAGAACUUCUCCUCUCAGGUGGUGGAACGGCACAACAAGCCUGAGGUGGAGGUCAGGAGCAGCAAAGAGUUGCUUUUGCAGCCGGUGGUGAUCAGCCGCAACGAUAAGGAGAAAGUCCUGAUCGAGGGCUCCAUCAACUCGGUGCGGGUCAGCAUCGCCGUCAAACAGGCGGACGAGAUCGAGAAGAUCCUGUGCCACAAGUUCAUGCGCUUCAUGAUGAUGAGAGCCGAGAACUUCUUCAUCCUGCGAAGGAAACCUGUGGAGGGCUAUGACAUCAGCUUCCUCAUCACCAACUUCCACACGGAGCAGAUGUACAAGCACAAGCUGGUGGACUUCAUCAUCCAUUUCAUGGAGGAAAUCGACAAAGAGAUCAGCGAGAUGAAGCUGUCCGUCAACGCGCGCGCUCGCAUCGUCGCCGAGGAAUUCCUCAAAAACUUUUGAGAAGCUGUCUCUGCGCUCUUUAUGGAGUUUCCCGUAGAGAGAGAGAGAGAGGGAGGCAUCGCAGGCUUUUAAAGCUCAGCACGAGCUCAUCGUCAGUGAAUCAACAGUCAAAAAAACGAACCAGAGGAACGAACGAUCGACCGAGCAGCCGAUCCUGCGAUGUCGUACGCAGCGUCCCCUUUUUUCGCCUUACGUCUUCUGUUAAAGGUGCUUCUUGUUCCCAUGGAUAUUAAUAAUUGUACUUUUGAACAUAAAAAAAACAACAA